UAUAUGCAACGCUGCCGCUUCUUCAAGUUGUGAGCAAUUGGUGAGCAAUUAUAUGCAAUUAAAGAGCAAUUUUUCAGCUGUUUCAUCGAUAUUGUGAGCCAGCUUCACACAGGUGGACCGGGUGCAUGCACUAAAUGAAGAAGGAAAUGUGGCGACAUUUGAAACGUUGGAAAUUACGACUAUAUUCGAACCACCGAGAAGUGCGGUAAUAAUUGAAAAUAUACAGCUCAAUGAUUCUCUUAACAAUCGCGUUUACAAUUUUGAAUUGUCCGAAUAUUUGAUCAUCUACGCGCAUGGUGACCCACAAAGCGUGUACGUAAGCGCACUGGUUUUUGAAAAACGCGGGAGUUUCUCCUCUUGGUGUACUCUAUGCCUGGCCAAAUUGUAUUCCCCUUCCCCCCACCAUCAUUUACAGUUGGAUUUCUUCAGUGCUUCUCAACUACCGUUCAGGUACGAUUAAUUCAAAUUCUCUGGCUUAACUUAAACUUUAUUAUUUAGUUUGGAAUGCUGAAAAAAUAUACGAAACUAAGGAUAUUAAAAAGGAUAUUACAGAUAUUUAGUUCGUAAGCCUAACAAACACAUAGACAAAGCAGGCAAAGUUGGGCAAAUUUCGUUCAAGCAUCACUAUGUAUAGAACCGAGUAGGGAUAUAUAUCCCCCUCUCGGCUUAAAGUUGCCAACAACGGUGCACCCUGGCAUAGAAUUGGCUCGUUUUUACACGAUAAAAAUCUGGCUGUGAUCGAUUCAGGCUGCUACACCAUGCUACACCAAGACAACUCAAUAACGGUUCAUUAAACUGGAGCUCUAUAUUUUCCGCACAAGUUUCGCACGAUCUGUCAGCCUCGAAAUAAAUCGUGAAGCAAGAUACCGUGAAAAUUCAUCGACGCAGCAUUAUGAACGGGCCAUUACGUUUCUUUGAAGGUUUUUCUUUCAAUGAAUAAUAGGGUUCCGUACGUUUGUUCGAUAAAUGUGUCGGGAACCGUUGCAUCGCCCGGUUGCCGUUUGUGAUCGGUCGUCGUUAGGAUAACAACGAGGACGAUCGUAAUUGAUGAGUGAAUAGUGAGAUAUGCCCAUGAAAGAAGUCCUUGAAGAAAUCUAUCGAAUAACCUGCACCUCUUGACAUCUACUCGGUGUCGAUCGGUACAUCGUCGCAAGCUGUGCGAUCCAUUCUCGAUACUGAUUCAGAACGAGAAGAUAGUGAGUCGCUUUUCGUGGUGUUCCGCGAUGAUGCGGCUGGAGACGAUCCUGGCGAAGCCGGCACGAAAGAAACGGAACGUCGACGCACUGAUUGCCGAAUGAUUCCCGAGGAUCACAUGGAACAAUAGUCUUUAGAGAGUCUCGCACUGUUCGGACCUGUCUGCUUGCCAUACAUAUAUCGAUGCUCUUAGGGAAUCGUUGUUGAAGUAUUAUAGUUAUACAUGAAAUGGGUAGUGCUUGGUGGCAGUGCGCUGCAUGUCUGAGAGCACAAGAAGAAGAUAUCUACGAGUUGAACUUGAGCCACUAUAAUCUUUAUGAUGUACCACCUGACGUGUUCAUUUAUGAAAGAACAUUGGAAAAGCUUUGUCUGGACUGUAAUAGAAUAAAGGAUCUUCCAAGGCCACUGUUUCAGUGCCAUGAGUUACGAGUACUAUCCCUUAGCGAUAAUGAAGUCACCACGUUACCACCCGCCAUAGCAUCGUUAAUCAACCUUGAAUAUCUAGACCUCAGUAAAAAUAGUAUUAAAGAACUACCAGACAGUAUAAAAGAAUGUAAAAAUCUUCGUUCCAUAGAUAUCAGUGUUAAUCCUUUCGAACGUUUUCCCGAUGCUAUUACGCACAUCGUUGAGUUGCGGGAAUUAUAUAUAAACGAUGCAUAUAUAGAAUAUUUGCCAGCUAAUUUCGGGAGACUCUCGGCUCUCAGAACUCUGGAGCUUAGGGUUAAUAACAUGGUGACAUUACCAAAGAGCAUGAGUCGUCUGGUAAACUUGCAAAGACUUGAUAUUGGCAACAAUGACUUCACUGAAUUGCCUGAGGUUGUUGGGGAUCUAAUCAAUCUCACCGAGCUGUGGAUAGACGGGAAUGAUAUCAAGCGUAUACCAGUCAACAUCAAUCAACUGUACCGUUUGAAUCAUUUCGAUUGCACGAUGAACACGAUCCACGUGCUCCCAUCGGAGAUAGAAGGCUGGAGAGAUAUUUCGAUUAUGCAUCUUUCUUCCAAUGAGAUUUAUCAGUUACCGAAUUCCCUGUGCUAUCUGCGAACAAUCGUGACCCUCAAAGUCGAUCGCAAUCAAUUGAGUGCACUGCCAAACGACAUCGGACAAAUGUCGAACUUAGAGGAGCUUAUAGUUACUAAGAACUUUCUUGAGUAUCUACCAUCGUCGAUAGGUCUUCUACGGAAACUGCACUGUUUGAACGCUGACAAUAACUGCUUGAGAUGCCUUCCGCCAGAGAUCGGAAGCUGCACCUCGUUAUCGUUGCUUUCAUUGCGAUCAAAUUAUCUGACCCGGGUCCCGCCAGAGUUGGGUCAUUUGUCCUCGUUAAGAGUACUCAAUCUCGUGAACAAUUGCAUUAAAUAUUUGCCUGUUUCUAUGUUAAACUUGAAUAACUUGAAAGCGUUAUGGCUGAGCGACAAUCAAAGUCAACCACUGGUGCCACUGCAACAGGAGUUCAAUUGCGAGGAGGAUAUGAUGGUCUUGAGCUGUUUCAUGCUACCGCAGAAUCCGCGGCAGGAACUUGAGCAAAUACCGCCGGCUGUAGGACUAAUUUCGAGUUCGAUUGUUGGUACCGGAAAGAGAAUAUGUUUUGCUGCUGAGGUAGAAUCCGAGAUCCCUAGACAACUCCAUCGAGCACCAACACCCUACCCUAAAGAGCUGCGCAACCUUGCUAGGCAUGCCCGUAAUUUGCAACAUCAAUCAGCUCAUGAUCAAAGAAUGCAUUUAGAACAGGAGACAAUGAUCAAAGAAGCUAUUAUUGCAAAAGCUACUACUACUCUGGAUCUUGCCUCAAAAACUGGGACCUGUUUCUCACAAAGUUUCUUUAAUAAGGGUUCACAUGCUUCACUCUCACCUGUCGAUCGCAACACAUCAAAAGGAUACAAGAGCGCGAGCCCUACGGAUAUCGGAACGGAGCAGUCAGUGUCAGAGGAAUCAUCGGACGAGGCAAACAAGACAGUGCUCGCAAAGGAGAAGAGUCCAGACAUCCGAGAAGCAAAGUAUAUCCGUAACCCGACAUCGGAGUAUUUAUCAAAGCCCCCGACAGUGGCGGAUUACGUGAACUCGACGUGGAAACCGGACGAAUACUCGAAAGCGAACACAGCAAAAAUCGUGGAAUCGGAGAAGUUCGCCGUAGGCAGUAACAACGGCGAUCAGAUGCACAUACAAGCGCCAAAAUUGAACGAAAUUCCCCCUGUGCCACCGCCUUAUCAUAUCGCUGCUGCGUUCUCCAAGAAAGCAGCACUUUUCCAACAGUUAAAUCAAUCUGGUCAAUCGGACUCUCCAAUGAUCGUCUCCCCGCAAACGGACGUUAACAUAUCAAAUCUGAAGGUGUCUCAGGAAACUCAGAACUAUGAUGGAAACGACGAGUCGUUCAAAGCGGAGGAAUACGUGCGUCUGUGCAACGAGAAGUUCUCGUCCAACACGGAUGGCUCGGACGUGGCCAUCAGCAAUGGGAAAACAGAUUCCACUCCCGAUCAGACGAAUCUGUUGACCGAACCGAGUGACCAGGAGCAAUCCUUUGAGGGCGAUCGAUCGUUGAAGCCGAGCAGGAUCCCGAUCUUGAAAACGAAGCACCUGGACUCCGCGAAUCCCGCGCCCAACAACAGCGACUUGUCCAACAAGUGCAUGAACUCUUCCACAGAGGACUACGAGAGUUUGAAGAUGCUGAAUUCCUCGAGUAUCCCCACGUCACCUGUAACGGGCAAGAAGUACAGAAGUCCGCUCUCCAUGCAACCGAAGUUCGGUGAUCGACCGAAAAAAAUAAUGAACGGGACCGUAUCGAACAAUAACGCGUCCUGCGAUAAUCUGUCGUCGCUGAACACCAUGAAUUCGAAUUUAAUUGGAAAUCCAGGUUUGGAUUGUCAGGAUGGUCCGUUGAAGAGCGUACCCAAUGAAAUGUCGGACGCAAACAGUCCUACGAGUCUGAAGAACGAGACUAAUUCCGGCCGAAGCACGCCGGUCCUGCUGAACAACAAGUCUUUGAGCGAGUUGGUCAAUUUGGACAGGAGACCGAGGUUCAAGUGGAUGUUUGGCCCCCAUAGAAAUGCUAACGUAUUGCCUGUUCAAGUUAGAAAGAACCCGGGCCUCGGUUUUAGCAUAGCUGGCGGUGUUGCAGGCGCGGAAACCGGAAUUAUAGUGACCAAAGUGAACCCUGACGGGCCUGCUCAAGGCACUCUUCGACCUGGAGAUAAGAUUCUGGAGGUGGACGGUAUAGAUUUCACAAAGUCCGAUCACAACAACGCCGUGGCUGUUCUUCGAGCGACCGGUGCCGUUGUGUCGAUGAUGAUCAGCCGCCACCAAUGACGCCAGACUAUCGGUUGAUCAGCAUCGACUCCCGCGAUUCCUGACUGAUUUACGUAAGCCCUUAUAUCUUGUAUUUUCGUUUUGUUACGAUUAAUCGACACGGAGGAAGAUCGGCGAUGAAGAGGACUCUUGCUUGGUUCGCUUGUUUGCAAACAACGUUGGUAGUGCUCUCUCUCCGACACUGUCGAGCGACUGAUUUGUACGACUGAGGCAGCGUUACCAAAGGUGAGAGUGGGCAGUUCACAGAUGAAACAAAAUGUUUGGCUUCCAGUGGUCGUACGCGAUUCGCAUAAAUAUAUACACCUAAGUACUCAUACAUACAUACAUACACACAGACAUACGAUACAAACACGUCGUGUUUAAGGGAAUGAGUAACAAUAAGCGGCAGUCGACAAUUCGUUAGGGUAUACAGUAGACUAGGAGCAUGGUCCCCUGCACAAUUAUCGGAGGCGAAAGAGGUUUGAACAUUGUGAUGUACAAGAGAGUUAUUUUUAAGAGAAUAUUUCUUCACGGGCCAAUUCAUAUGGAUAGCGUAAGGUAGUGGCUAUUUAGCGAACAGUUUAGAUAAGUUCAAACCCCUAAUACCCAGGGUGACAAUGAAAUAAUCACUGACCCCGUGAACAUAUGCAUUAUGUUGUUUUAUGGUGUUGGUUGUAUUCGUGUGGACUCGCUUGUUCUCCUGCAUGGAGAGCUGACAAUGUGCCAGAAACAAAUUACUAUUUAUUAAUCGUAUACAUGCAAAGUAAUUAUAUUAAAGUGAAUCUAUGUAUAUGUAUAUAUAUAUACACACACAUAUAUAGAGAGUAUAUAUUGUGAAUACAUAUAUAUAUAUAUAUAUCGUAGAUUUGCCGGGUCAAUCGUGAGAAAUAGGACACCCGAAUGUCCCUGUUCGAGUGAAAGAUCAAAGACACUGGUCAAGACAAAAGUUCAAAUAUGGGUCACACGUGAUUCUCGAGGUCGUUCGAAGACCGUCGAUGUGUUUUUAGACGACACUAUAAAACUAAAAAUACAAUAUUCAAGAAAAUAUCGACGAUCUUCGAAUAAUUCCGAACAAAAUCUUUUCGGUGACAAUUUAGGCAAUUUAAAUAGAGUCGUUCGGAUGUCCUAUUUUCGCGAGUCACCCUGCACGUUAUAUGCGACAUUAUCUUUGAUAGUUGGAUGGGAUUUUUGCAGACUUUUUCUUUUUUUAUAUAUACGAAUACAUAUAUAUAUAUAUAUUUUUUUUUCGGAUGCGUUGAAAUGUUUUCUAUCUUAAAUUUGCACAAACAUUACGAUGAGUGAGCUCUAUUUCUUUGUUUUAAAUAAUAUGUAUUAUUUUAUAAGACGGCAUUCGGUACGAUGCGGAGACAAAAGUAUUCUUCUAUGUGCCGUAAUUCGGCUCGUUUCGUUUUUAUUGGACGACUAGGCAAUUUUAUGCUCGUUUUGCUUGCCAUGGAUUCGUGAUACGUUUUAUAUUUUAAUGAUGGCUAAAGGAAAAGUUUAUUUUAUGAGUUUUUUUUUUCUUUCUUUCUUUCAUUAUGUUUCUCUUCUUUCCUCCUCCGGAUGUUAGUAUUUUCGACGAGAGAGACGUAUCGUCGUCUCGUUGUGGUUGUGAAUCAUUAUGAUACUCGAAUUCACUCGUAUGUUAAAGGAACAAAAGUGUAUGUACCUCGUAGAGGAAACUGUUCUCUCGGCGACAGUUAUCGUAAGAUAAAAGGAAAAGCGAACGCUACUUUUCUAUGUUAGUGGAUCGGCAACAGGCGGAAUGAAAGUUAUUCGCACACGUAAAUGGCGUAGAGCUGUGAGAUCGAUGUUUUAGAAAGGUUGUAAACGACGAUGUGUAAGCACCAUGCGGAAAACGAUUUGCCUGGACGAAUACACCGGUUCGAAUCGGUAUGCGUACUUUUACAAGAAGAUCGUAAUACUGCACUUUACCUCGCAUAGGAAACUGUUAGGCGCAUUCUUCUCGUUCAAACUGCGGAUGUUCGUUGGACUUCAGCUCCCAAGAUUUCUUACGAUUUGUCUAUUUAAGAUUCUAUCCAAAUUCGAUAAUCGGACUGCGGGUUUCAUGGAUUUGUAUGAAAAAUGAGCAUGCGAAAUAUAAAACAAUAGAAAUGCAUUGUAAGCGUGUAAACAUAACGAGCACGUUGUUCGACGAAUAAUGAUAAUUAUUAACCGAGAAAGCAAAUCUCCAUUUCACUGUCUUUUCUUGUAACGUGUACGCAUAAAGAUAUUAUUUCGCAUAAACAAUAUCCGCGGUCACUGAGAACUCUUGUCAGCUGCAUGAACAACCGCAGCAUUAAUUAAUUCUACACUAUUCCGUUUCCACAGAUUAGAAGAGAACAGUUCUUGUUUUCCGUUGUUUCUUAGACUGUCUCUUUCAGGACAUUCGAAUGUUUGUUUGUUUCGUUAGAUAUCUAUUUAAGCACACACGCACACACGCGCGCACACACAUACACACACACACAAACCUCUGUGUUAAUGUUGAAAUAACGUAUUACCAGUUAAAAGUUGCGGUAGCGACGGAGGCGGCGUAUUUAUGAGUGUGUGUCUGUUGAGCAUGAUUUCAAAUCUACGUGUACAUAUAUAUAAUUAUGUAAUAAGUAUAUGCUAGUGAGUAAGAGUUACUCUAUACACGAUAUUCUACAAUUCUCCGAGCCUCGGGAUCGUCCAGCAUGCGUCGUUUUCUUCCUCCGGGACCGUGACGAGGCUUGGAUUUUCCAGAAUUGAGAAUCACGGCGGAAAAUGUAUAUUUUCAGAAAGACUUCCUUCAAGUUACAAAACAAAAAGCCCAUAGAGACCCGCUCGCUGUCUAUGGGGGUGUCGCGGCACACACAUUUCACACACAUACGCGUACAUAUGUCUUAGGCACGCGAGUGCGCGGCGAUAUAUAUUUUCCAAACGAGCGGCGCGGAAGAAGCAAAAAGAAGAAAAAAAAGAAUUAUUUUUUAUCCUGACUUUUUGCUUGCGUAUUUUGUAAAAUCUUUAAACGACUAAUAUACUCGAUUGAUGAGGUAUUCUUAGUGAGAGUUAUACACGAUCCGGGGACUUCUAAGUUUAAGCUGUUGUUGUCCGAUAUUCAAAAGCGAAAACCUGACGAUGCUCGAGAAUGACGUAGGAUGCACCGUUGCUUUCCUUUCGUUUUUUCUUUUUUUUUUUCUUUUUCUUUUCAAAUCUUUGGUUUCUUUCUUCACUCUCGACGAGUAUACGCGUAGCUUUAUCCGACGAAAGCAGCUUUGCAUUUACACUCUUGGACUAACUACAUUACCAAUAAUAAUCUAUAUACACCUAGUCAUAUUCGCGCGCGCGAGAGAUAAGUAUAGUAUGAUUGAGGGCGGGGACAAGCCCCCGCCCGAUCACGUCUGUGUUUCUAUCGAUACUCUUCUCUAUCUCUCUCUCUCUCUCUCUCUCUCUCUAUCCGUAGGGUUUCCAUUUUCUUUCGAUUAAGAGAGCUGCGAUAGGGACGAGGUUCUCUCUCGUUCGUCCGUCGAAACCGGGAACCUGCAUUUAUUCGUAGUCGAUAUCGUUUCUUUUUUAUGCCAGAUAGUUUGUCCGGUGGCGGAUUAUGCGAAACAGAAUUUCGGGGGAUCGAAACCUCGAUAAUGUUGAGAACGAGAGAAAGCAGCGAAAUUUUUAUAUUACUUCUCAAUUUUAUCUUCGUUUGAAUGUGAAUUCUUUUAUUAGGAUUUUUGCCCUUACAAACUAAAAUAUUUAUAAAAUAUUUAUACGACAACUAAGUUAUACAGAUUUUUCUUAACAAGUCGCAGUCUUACGUUCGAUUAGAUUAAUCGAUAGCGUUUAAUAGAAUACGGAACAGCCGAAGAUUUUGUUGAUAAUUCUGCGACGAUGGCAAUUUCAUUUGUAAACUAACAAAAGUUGUCUCUGAGGUCUAUUAACUUGCUUCGAGAUCAACAUUCAACAUCAUUGGGGGUUUCUUGAAAAGAAAAAGAAAUAUUAGCAGGCUUUCGGUGGUGAUAUUGAAUCGUUAACGAAACGUGUCAAAUAUUAACAGUUCAUCGCCGGUUUCGGUAAUUGGGGAAUUAAUUUUAAAUGGAAUUGCUUCUCGUUAAAGUGCUUUGAUAUCGCAGGAUCUAUCGGGCCGGUAAUUUGCCGGCCGACACGCGAAUAGAAUUCUAACAUUGUUGUUGCGAACGAUCACCGGAGGGAGGGGGGGGGUAAUUUAGUCGAGCAAUUAAGUAGCAAUAAUCCGCCACAUCGUUAGUAUCGUUCGAGGAUUUCGGUUCUCGUUUCUCCGAAAGGCAACUUGAUUAUCAUACAAAAUUUUGGACCAUGCGAACAUAUAUAUACAAUCUUUUCUACUACUCUAACUACUAAACAGACUGACUACUUUUUGAGUAAAUAUUUAUGUGGCAUUUAAGGGAAUGGAAUGAUUGCGUGGGAGCACGGGUGUGACUGAGUACAUGGGAUACAAUUAUUAUAAAACCGUGUAUAUAUACGUAUAUAAAGAGUUACGAGAUACGUAAAUACCGAUAAGUGGUCGUACUCAUUAUGAACAUCUUUUUAUCGUUUCAACAUGCGUGAAUUCCGAUGAUUAGACUUUGUUUCUCUUUUCUCCAAUCUACGCUCAGAAUAUUCCCGUAGAGAAAAUCUGUGUCUAUCCGCCCCCUCCCCCCCUCUCCCCCUUCUCCACACUUCUCACGAGAAGAGCAAUCAAUGCACAAAGGAUACUAAUCAGUACAACCACUUCCUUGACAUAUUUUUUUGUAUAUAUAUAUGUAUAUAUAUAAAUACAUAUAUAUAUUCUCCUAGCAUAAUUUGUAUGAACAAUGUGUAAUAGAUUUAAUGUACAAAAAUGCUCACAGUUCGACUGGUCAUCGUAUAUAUAUAUAUAUAUAUAUAUAAAAAUAUAUAUAUAUAUAUAUAAUUAAUAACUACCAUUACAAGUUGUAACACUUUGAAUAUGUUAGUGAACAUACAAGCAAACAGAUAAAAAUGACAAAAAACAAGAUAUUUUAUCUUUAUGAAAAAAACAAAGUCCUAGUUGGUUGUGCAGCAAUAAAUAAAUUAAUAUUUACGUACAAAAAAAAAA